AGAGCUUGACUUAGAAAUCAAUCCUGCACCAGCAAGUACCAGCCAGCCUAACCAAUCAAGCCCCAAAACCAUUCUCUUUAACCUUUAAAUCUAUGAUCAAAUUACUAAGAAGAAGAAUUGGAUCGACCCCCAAGUCCCCAAACCCAGUUGUUUCUGAGCUUUAGGAAACUACAACAACUUUGUUUUAGAUCGUUGAUCUCGAUUCUCUGGUGUGUGUUUGUGUUUGUGUUUGUGGUUGUGGUUGUGGUUGUGGUUGUGGGUGAGAGAGACAGAGACAGAGACAGAGAGACAGAGAGAUUGAAGAAGAUGGCUCGGGCUGGAGGGAUUACAAAUGCUGUGAACGUUGGAAUAGCGGUACAAGCUGAUUGGGAGAAUCGCGAAUUCAUCUCCCAUAUUUCCCUCAACGUUCGUCGCCUCUUCGAAUUCCUUGUCCAAUUUGAAGCUACAACAAAGAGCAAAUUAGCUUCAUUGAAUGAGAAGCUUGAUACACUUGAACGUCGACUUGAACUACUGGAAGUCCAAGUGGGUACAGCAUCGGCUAACCCAUCUCUUUUUACUUCAUGAAGUUCUAAUGGAUUAUUUUUCUCUGUUGUAAUACAACUCCUUUAAGCGUCCUCUUAUUAGUUAUCUGUACUGUGAAUUUGAACAGAUUUCUUGGUUUUGUAUCCCAUCUUGUAAGUCCGUAUUCCUGGGUUUCCCUGCUUUUAUGCCUAUCCAUACGAGUGUUAGAAUAUUGUAGCUGCUAUGUAGCUCACACAUUGUGAAUAUAAUACACUUUUUGAGGAAAGUUCUUCAUUGUUAAGGUA